GGUCAGACAGGUUUGGAGGGAGACACAGGUCAGGGGAGGGAGACUGGGAAAUACUUGCGGAGCCAGCCAGGAGCUGGGCAGUUCCUUUCCGGGGAUCCUCCGCCUCUCCGCAGAUGUAAACCCUCCGCCGCCGCCGCCGCUGCCUUCUCUGUCUCAACUCGACCUUCCUCCACACUGUUCUCCCUAGAGUCCCAUGAGGCCGGCUGCUCUGGUGAGUUCCAGUUUGAGGAACUGUCCCGGGGCCAGAAGACAAGGUAUUUUCACAGAGCUUACCCACUCCCUUUAGGAUGGUGUCACCUUGGGACAGACCUCAGAACUGAAGCCUCGCAAUGACAGAACCAGAACCAGAGACACUGGCCCUGCUGGAAAUGAAGGGGCCCGAGGGUCCAGAGAAGAGCCCACCACAGGCUUUCGUACCCACCGGCCCGCAGCCAGAGGGGGAAGGUGGGACUGAGUCCCCAGGAGCUGAGUCUCUCACCGUGGGGUCUUCAGUUGGUUCUCCCAUAGUCAGAGUGGGGCCCGAGGAUGGUCCAGACAGCACUGUGAGUGAGGCCGCGACUUUGCCCUGGGGAACCGACCCCCAGGCCAGCGCCCCACUUCCGGAUCCCCCAGGCUGGCGAGAUAUUGAACCAGAACCCUUAGAGUUGGAACCACUCACUAAGUCGGAGGACCCACUCAAAGACGAUGCCAGCCUGCUCCUUGAGAAGACGGUGAGGGCCUUCGUGCCCAUUGACUUACAGUGCAUCGAGCGGAAGCCACAGGAGGAGCGCAUUGUGCAUCGGGAGGCCGGACAGGGCGAGCGCAGGAAUUUCCUGCCAGCCCGACUCAGCCACCCCGAGCCUUCAGAGUGCAAGUGGGCCGAGGCAGUCGUGAGACCCCCUGGCCGGUCCUGUGGGGGCUGUGGGAGCUGUGGAGGCCGCGAGGCGCUGAGAGCCGUGGCCUCGGUGGUGGCUGCCCUUAUCUUCUUCCCCUGCCUGCUGUAUGGGGCGUACGCCUUCCUGCCCUUCGAUGCUCCGAGGCUGCCCACCAUGAGCUCCCGCUUGAUCUACACGCUACGCUGUGGGGUCUUUGCCACCUUCCCCAUCGUGCUGGGGCUCCUGGUCUACGGGCUGAGUCUGCUGUGCUUCUCGGCCCUCCGGCCCUUUGGAGAGCCGCGGCGGGAAGUGGAGAUCCACCGGCAGUAUGUGGCCCAGUCCGUGCAGCUCUUCAUCCUCUACUUCUUCAACCUGGCCGUCCUUUCCACCUAUCUGCCCCAGGACACGCUCAAGCUGCUCCCCCUGCUCACCGGUCUCUUCGCAAUAUCUCGGCUCAUCUACUGGUUGACCUUUGCUGUGGGCCGCUCCUUCCGAGGCUUUGGCUACGGACUGACUUUCUUGCCGUUGUUGGCCAUGCUGAUGUGGAACCUCUACUACAUGUUCGUGGUGGAGCCGGAGCGCAUGCUCACUGCCUCCGAGAGCCGCUUGGACUACCCGGACCACGUUCGAUCCCUCUCUGACUACAGGCCGCGCUCAUGGGGCUGAGCUGCUCCAGGGCUGUGCAGGGUCUUUCAGGCCUUCCCUGAACCAGUUGCAGGCCUGGCCUUUGCCCAGGUCCUGGACCUUCGAUGUGAGGAACCUUGCUACUGCCCCAUAGGGGCCCCAUCCAACGGGGCCCAGACACCCCAGUUCUCUCUUAGCUGUUGCUUUACCCCUGGAGCGCGAGAGCCCGAGGGAGAGACUGGAGAAGCACGCUUCCUUCUUGGGCAGCCUCCCACCAUGCCACACUAAGGCUAGGGCUGGAUGGCUACCUCGCUCCCCAGCUUCCUGUGGGCCAGCGGUGCAGAGCCAUAGCCCAACCUGAACUGUCUUUGCCAGCUGUCUGGAAGAAAGGUCAAGGAGAUGGACAAACUGCCUAAGCCCAAGAGUGGAGGUUGGUAUCACAUCAGAUGAGGGCUUUGAUAUCUGACAUUGAUUGGGUGAAAACCUUCCUAGGGGGCCUGGGUUCAAGGCUCUCUCUACCACUUGACUGGCUUCAAGGCUUUUUUGCCUCAGUCAAGGCUAUUAUAGCUGUUGCCUUCCCUCUCCCAACCUGCAUGGGUCCCUGUAACCUUCCACUUUUCAAACUUCCAAGAAGUCCCAUUAUAAAAAAAUAGGUGGGGUGCAGAGAUGAAACCUCUGAAAGAAGUGUGUAUGUAUUCACAUGUACUGGCUGGGCUGGCAGAGAGACUGCCUGCCCACUUAUAUGUAUGAGUAUGUAAUAAAUCACUGCCAGCCU